AUCCUUGAAGCCUGUUCUAUAGCAGACAUGGAACUUCGGUGUUUCCCCAUCUGAUGUAGCGAACUCUCGUCACCCCCGGGAUCAAUAUCUGAACCCUUUAAAUUUGAGCCAUUGAACCAAGACCACCCUUUACGCCGCUCUAUAUUUUGUUCAGCCCGUCUCUGGUGCCUACACACCCUCUCGGCGUUUUCCCUAUGUGGCCCGGUGCUUGGGAGAGAGACUAUGAAUUUGACUCGGAAUCUGAUCAUACGGACUCCGAUUUAACGGACCUGGACACGGACUACCUGGAAGAUAGUAGUAGCCAGUGUAGCGAGCACAGCAGGCUGAACGAGGUGUUCAGUGAAGAUAGUGCAGGUGAAUAUGACGAAGCGACACGUGACGAACAACCCGCGAAAAAACGCGCCAAGGCAGACAAAGGAACCGAUGCGGCAGCAGCAGAAGGCUCUGGCAGAAGGAAAAAAACUCUUAGUGUCAUUGUCACUAUGCCAAUUGAUAUUCUUCUCGAGAUCUUUGGCCUCUUGGAACCAGUAGACCUCUUAUCUCUCUCACUCACCAACAAGGCUUACCGCGAGUUGCUUUUAUCUAACAAUGCAGUGUGGAAAGUAGCCCGCGUCAAUCACAGUGUUCCCGACUGCAUGCCUGGCAUGUCCGAGGUCAAAUGGGCUACCCUAUUGUUUCGUGGUUAUGAAUGUCAUGAGUGUGGCGCGAAGGGAUUCCAUCGAAUGUAUUUGGGUAUCAAGCGCAGACUAUGUCACGCAUGCGUCAAUCGGAACCUAGCCGCCAGUUUUCAAUCAUACAUUCAAGAGGCUCAAUCCUGCGAUCCGGAUAUCGUGGAUUUGGUCCCAUUCACUUAUUUUGGUGGACAGGCUUAUAAUCAUGCCAAGCUUUUUUGGUUAAAAGACGUACAAAAAAUGGUGAAGCAGUUGGAGGUAUACCAGAAGGAUGUGCACAUGUCCAAACCAGGUGCAGAGCAAGCACUAGAAGACUUCAAGCAAUCACGCAAGAAAUACGUUGAUUCUGUUGUCAACCAUGCAGCGAUCUGUGAUGAUUGGGCCGACAAGGACCGUGAACGUCAAUGGUCGCGUGCCCGCAAGCUUCGCGACCAAAAUCAAAAGUUGGUUCAAGCUAGACUAGUCGUUAUCGGCCACAGUGAUGAAGAUGUAGAACGCAUGUUCGACCAUCAUCACUAUGGCGUGCUAGAUGAGGAACUUACCGAUACACGCUGGAAGCGCUUGCUCCCAACAAUCGAGCGCAAGCUUUCUAAAUUGAAGGAAGAAUGGCGCCUUGAGGAGCAAAGGAACAGGAAGGAUCACCUGUUGAAUAUGUACGAGAGAUACGUGCGGCCGUUGCCACGGGCCAUCAUACCUCCUCAAGAAGACUUCUUGAAGCUCUGUGAUGUUGCAGAAUAUAUCAACAACCCGCCCACUGAGGACGGGGCUCGACCUUUCGCGGACAGAAUUACCGGGUUCUGUGCUGAAUAUAUGGACUCAAGGAAGCUAGCGUUGAGGCAGCUACUUGCCCUCUCCACUGAUGUAUUGAAAGAUACCACGACGCUGCAAAGCCGGGGAGUUGACGCCCCUGAUGAUAUGUUCAUGCAGCUGGCCACUUCUGUUUUCCAAUGCACUCACUUGCGCUCCCUCCCAUUGAUUACAUGGGACAAAGUGCAGUAUCACCAAUGCCCUCACAGCCAAGGCAUAACCCGAGGUUACGCAACAUUGGCAUCGACAUCACCUUGCACAUUUUCGAUUUCUCAGCCUGGGGUUGCCGCUGUACGUUCUUUGUUAGGCUUGGUUGGUCUCGAUGUCCAAACUACGACUGCCACUACAAUGGAUCACCUUCAAAGUCGCUUUUUCUGCUCCAACUGUCCACCCAUGCCACAGGAUGGAGGAUCCUACCGGAUGGCGAUGAACUGGCGCCAGAGUGUCUUCCAUUACGUCGAGCAACAAGAUCCAGCGCACGCAGAGCCUCGUUGGGAGUUCUUGAGUUCGGCACAACUUCAAGUUCUCCAAAGUUUGCGUACACCCGCAUAUCCCGGAGCUGCUGCGCAAGCGUGGCGCUGUAACAAGUGCAAGUUAUACCACGGGUCCCCGGAUAAUAAGGCUACUGUGAUUAAACAUGUGCAAAGUGGACAUCGAAUCACCGCUCCGACUGAAGGAAUUGAUUUUAGCUAUGACCAGGGAAUGUACGAGAAGCCGCCUCCAGCGACCAAGUUCUUCGUAAUCCCUCAGUCCGAGCAGCCCUCAAAGUCACGUCAUAAGAAGUCUAAAUCUUCUACCAAACCGGGAUAUCAUUGUCAACACUGCAAUGGCAAUGACUCAGAGCGAACUUUCGUUUUGGAGGGCGUCAAGGCGCAUAUCAAAGCUAAGCACAGCAUCGGUUCUCCAAAGGAAGGGACCGACUUUUGUAAAACCAAGUAAUUCCUUCUCGCACUUUAAAUCUUCGUAGCUUCCUCUUCAUCUUUCGUACUAUAUGACCUUUAGCUCUAGCGGCCACGUACGCCGUCUGCUAUCUCUAGCCCUAAUAUUUGCCUAAGUAUAUACCUCGGUUGAUCUACAGUACCCUCAAAAUGCAUGCAUCUGUGAUUGGACAUCCUAGGGCCUCGGAUAUGAUAUCUGACCACACUCGUCAUUUCCAUAGGUCUUGUGAUAUUAAGUCUUUAGAAUGUGUAACUCGGAGUUGUUCAAGAUUUUGUAGUUCUUUCC